CGGGCUGCGCCUGUCACACCCCGCGGCUUGUUGCGGAGGAGGAGCGGGCGCCAUGGCGGUUCUGCUGGAAACCACUUUGGGCGACGUCGUCAUCGAUCUGUACACCGAGGAGCGGCCGCGCGCCUGCUUGAAUUUCCUAAAGUUGUGCAAGAUAAAAUAUUAUAAUUAUUGUCUUAUUCACAAUGUACAGAGGGAUUUUAUCAUACAAACUGGUGAUCCCACAGGGACUGGGCGUGGAGGAGAGUCUGUUUUUGGUCAACUGUAUGGUGAUCAAGCAAGCUUUUUUGAGGCUGAAAAAGUGCCAAGAAUUAAGCACAAGAAGAAAGGCACUGUGUCCAUGGUGAACAAUGGAAGUGAUCAACAUGGAUCUCAGUUUCUUAUUACUACAGGAGAUAAUCUAGAUUACCUUGAUGGUGUUCAUACAGUGUUUGGUGAGGUGACAGAAGGCAUGGACAUAAUUAAGAAAAUUAAUGAGACUUUUGUUGACAAGGACUUUGUACCAUAUCAAGAUAUCAGGAUAAAUCAUACAGUGAUUUUAGAUGAUCCGUUUGAUGACCCUCCUGAUUUAUUAAUUCCUGAUCGAUCACCAGAACCUACGAGGGAACAGCUAGAUAGUGGUCGAAUAGGAGCAGAUGAAGAAAUUGAUGAUUUUAAAGGAAGAUCAGCUGAAGAAGUAGAAGAAAUAAAGGCAGAAAAAGAGGCCAAAACUCAAGCCAUUCUAUUAGAAAUGGUUGGAGACCUACCUGAUGCAGAUAUUAAACCUCCAGAAAAUGUGCUAUUUGUGUGUAAAUUGAAUCCAGUGACUACUGAUGAAGAUCUGGAGAUAAUAUUCUCAAGAUUUGGGCCAAUAAGAAGUUGUGAAGUUAUUCGAGAUUGGAAGACAGGAGAAUCCCUCUGUUAUGCUUUUAUCGAAUUUGAAAAGGAAGAAGAUUGUGAGAAAGCAUUCUUCAAAAUGGACAAUGUACUUAUAGAUGACAGAAGAAUACAUGUGGAUUUUAGCCAGUCUGUUGCAAAGGUUAAAUGGAAAGGAAAAGGUGGGAAAUACACCAAGAGUGAUUUCAAGGAGUAUGAAAAGGAACAGGAUAAAUCAUCUAAUUUAGUCCUGAAAGAUAAAGUAAAGCCCAAGCAGGAUGCAAAAUAUGAUCUUAUACUGGAUGAGCAAGCAGAAGAUUCAAAAUCCAGUCACUCACACACAAGUAAAAAACACAAGAAGAAAACUCGUCACUGCUCUGAAGAAAAAGAAGAUGAGGACUAUAUGCCAAUCAGAAAUACUAAUCAGGAUAUCUACAGAGAAAUGGGGUUUGGUCACUAUGAGGAAGAAGAGAGCUGCUGGGAGAAACAAAAGAGUGAAAAGAGAGACCGACCUCAAAACCGAAGUCGUAGCCGAUCUCGAGAAAGGGACGGCCACUACAGUAACAGUCAUAAAUCCAAAUACCAAACUGACCCCUACGAAAGAGAACGGAGUAAAAAGAGAGACCGAAGCAGGAGUCCCAAGAAGUCCAAAGAUAAAGAAAAAUCUAAGUACAGAUGAAAGAUGAAGAAUCAGACAUGAGUGGCUAAUGUAAUUAUUAUUGUCUAACUUACAGCACCAGAUAUUCAGAUUUUGUGUCAAAGCAGUUAAAGACUCUGUUAUUUUUUUUUCCCCACUACGGUCAUGGCCCUUUUUGAUUGAUACUGAUGGUAUAGGGCACAGAAAGACAAUAAAAACCUGAACAUUUUCUUUGUGUACUUUUUUACACUAAAUUUUAUUGUUAUACAUAAACAGUAGUGUUCAUUUUUAAAGUCUUUCACAUUUUCCACUCUUUUUUAAAUUAAGUAUUUCAUACCUACAGAAAUUCAGACAUGUAUAUAUAUGGCAUAAAGAAUAGUAAAUAUUUGUGUAUCCAUGAGCCAGCUGUAGAAAUAGAGUAUCCCCUGCAUUUUAGAGACUCUCUAUGUGCUCUUUCCUCAAGUGAUGAUUAUGCUGAAUUUUGUAUUUGUCAUUCUUUUGCUUGUUAUAGUUUUACAACAUAUGUAUGUAUUCCUAAAUAAAAUGUUAAAUUUUGUAUGUUUUUGAAUUUUAUAUCAAUGACAUAAUGUAUGUUUACUUCUGUGACUUUCUUUUUUUUGACUUAGUAUUUUUAGAGUCAUUCAUUUUUAUUGCUUUGUAGUAUUGUAUGAAUAGACCACAAUAUAUCCAUUCUUCUGUUCAUGGACAUCGGAAUUGUUGGUUUGUUUUUGGUUUUGUUAUUACAAACAGUGCUGCUAUGAACAUUAUGUAUCUAGGAGUGAUCUUGCUUGCUCACAUGGUAUGGAUAUCUUCAUCUUUACAAGGUAAUGCCAAAUUAUAUUCUGCAGUGGCUGAACCAGUUUAUACCCCGACCAGCGCUAUGUGAGUUACUUUUGUUUCACAUCAUCUCUACCACUUCUUAGUUUUAGACUUUUAAUUUUUGCCGAUUUAGUGGAUGCUUAGUGUGGUACCUUCUUGUGGUUUCCAGCAAGAAGACUACUAUUAUUUUUAUAUUUAUACUUCUGUAUGUAGCUUGUUCUUUUUCUCUGGCUGCUUUUAAGGUUUUCUCUUUAUCACUGCUGUUAGGCAAUUUGAUUAUGAUGUACUUGGUGUAGUUUGUUU